AUGAUCAAGUCGAUUUUGUCAGAAAAAUCCUCAAAGGAGUUGAUCAAGUUGGCUAAAAAGUUGGUUCCCCCAUUAUCCCCUAAUUUCUACAAAGGGCAAGCCGGCAGAAUUGUUGUUGUUGGAGGAUGUGAGGAUUAUACUGGAGCCCCAUUUUUUUCAGCACAUUCAUCAGCUCAAUUUGGAGCAGAUAUGGUUCAUAUUAUUUGUGAAAAGGAGGCAGCACAAGUCAUUAAAACAUAUUCACCAAACUUGAUGGUCCAUCCCUACUUGAGAGAGCAUCGAGAGGAUAUAAUCAAGCUUGCUCAAUUCGCUGGUGAUUACAAUAGUGUUAAAAAUAAUGGGCAAGUGGACGAGCUAACCGACGAGGAAUUAAUUGAUAGAUAUUUAAUGCCAAAGAUAAAUUCGCUUUUGGAUAGAGUUCAUGUUGUUAUAGUUGGACCAGGGUUCGGAAGGAAUAAAAUCAUGCUAAAGAUAUGUGAAAGAAUUAUAUUGAGAGUUCGAGAGCUCAAGAAACCAUUAAUAGUUGAUGCAGAUGCAUUGUAUUUGGUAUCAUUGAAACCUGAAUUAAUUAAAGGGUAUGAAAGAGGAAUCUUGACGCCAAAUUUGCCUGAAUUUAAAAGAUUAAUAAAAUCAUUGAAUAUUGAUUCGAGUAAAAUCCAAGAAGAUCAAUUGGCGAGUGAGCUAAGUAGUAAGUUAAAUGGGGUUGUUAUAUUUCAAAAGGGAAAGAAUGAUGUUAUUACAAAUGGAAAAGAUGUUUUAAUCAGUGAUACAAUUGGAUCAUACAAGAGAUGUGGAGGUCAAGGAGACACUAUGACAGGAAUUAUUGGAACAAUUUUAUGCUGGGGAGAGGCAUAUAAACAAAAUCUUUGGAAACAUGAUAGGGACAUCAAAGACGAUUGGAUUCCAUUGUUAAGCUGUUUUGGAGGAUCGGUCGCUACGAGAAUAGCUCAAAGAAAAGCUUUUAAGAAGAUGGGAAGAUCAAUGCAGGCUAGUGACUUACAUGAUUUUGUUGGCGAGAGUUAUAAUUAUGUCUUCGAAAGCGAUGAGUUCAAUGGCUAA